ACAAACAAACUUCAAAAGAAUAGUAGGAUAGAGUUAUGACUCGAGUCCCAAAUGGCAGGAGCCGAAAGUGAUGGCUGCGUUGAUCAAAGUUACAUUGCAGGAAUCUCCCAGCUUAUGUUGUAUCGCAGGCAUCUGGUAACAACCGUGGCACUGUACCUGUCGCGGCCCCUGUAGACGACAAGGGGAAAAUAAAAUAUCCAACACGAAGAGGUCGAUGAUCGAAACGACAUAACAAGGAGUUUCUUCGGAAGCUUGGCGAUAGUGAUAAGUCCAUAAUGAUUGAGGAUCGAUCCAAAGAGGUCAAGGUAUAUACAUAUAUCAGAUCCAUUGUUCAGAUGCAAUACGAUCGUUGAUAAAUUUGGAGAUUUUGUGGAAUAUCUUCUAGAAAGUGUAUCAUCAUGCCCACUUUGUGGGUCUACAACUCGACACCAGAGGUUAAUUCUCAAUCCAAUUAUCCUUCGAUCUUAGGAGCUUCGUUUCCAUUGCUUGUGUUGAUGCUCAUCACUGUCGGCACGAGAUUGUAUGUCAGAGUUCGUACUGUGCGAGGUAUUGGUGCCGAUGACUGGGCCGUCUUCAUUGCUGCGAUAUGUAGUAUCAUUUACAACGCUUGUACUAUUGCUCAAUCAAGAUGGGGAUUAGGUCUGCCGUUGGCUCUUAGACCAAUAGUCAACUUGAACACAUAUUCUAGCAUUAAUUAUGCCGGUCGACCUUUCUAUAUGAUGGGCAUCUUAGCCUUCAAAGUCUCACUUUGCUUCUCUUAUCUUCGCAUUCUCUCCAAGGGACAACCAACCUACCGUCUUAUAGUGUGGAUCGUGAUGGCUCUCUGCAUUAUAGGCCAUACAGUCGGGACUCUGGUUCUAAUGUUUAACUGCAACCCGAUCAAAAAAUCAUGGAAUCCAAAAACUGCAGGAACAUGUCUUCCCGUUGGUCCCCUAUUUACCGGUCUCGCUAUUACGACUAUCGUUUUUGAUGUCAUUAUCUUCUUUCUUCCUAUCCCAUUUCUCUACGGUUUACGAAUGGAUAAAUCCAAAAAAUUCGGCAUCAUUGGCGUUUUCGCCCUCGGUAUUCUCACAACGGUGUGUUCUGUUAUGCGGAUGGCUGAAAUUCCCGUUAUUGCGACGGGUAGUGGUAAUUCCACAAUGUUGGUCGUGUGGGGGAACAUAGAAUUGAAUGUCGGAAUCAUCCUAACCUCCAUGCCCGUUCUCGCUCCCCUCUUCAAAGUAUUUGGCAAAAAACUCGUUUCAACCGGAAAAUCCUCCUCAAACCCCUACGCCCACACCGGCUCCCACAAUAUGCAAAUUUUCAGUAACUCGAAAAGUCAGCACCACACCACCACUUCCAAUAUCAAUACUCUCACGAACUCGCGAAAAGAAAGAGCAGCAAGAGCCGCGGCCCGAUAUCCGGGCGAUGUGAGUGAUAAUGAGAGUCAGGAGACGAUUUUAGGAAAAAGUGGAGAGGAGGGGAUGAUUGCCAGGGAGAGGAGCGUGGAUGAGAGGAGUGGGAUGGAGAGUUCGGAGAGGGAGAGAGAUUUGGAGAGUGCGACGGGAGGCGUACACGGGCAGGGAAAGGAAAUAGAAGGAAUUAUGAGGACGGUGCAGGUGGAUAUUUCGAGUGAGGCGGCGGAUGCGCAAGCGGGGGAGUUUGGGGGACCGAGGAAUAGGUGAUUGGUCGAUUGAUUGAUUAUCGAACCCCACCCCCUUCCUGGCUGUGAAACAUUCGUCGCGUUUAUGGAUAAUGUCAUACAUUCCAUUCCUCUCAUACUCAUAUUCGAGAAAUGAUGCGUUUAGAUUCAUCUUCUGGCUUCUAAAGCGAUAUAGCAGGAUCUAAACUCAUUGAUCCAUCCACCUAUUCAAUCAACCCUACUUUCCCACGAAGAAAGAAAGAAAUAUGACACACAAUCACCAAUGUUUCCAGAUCUCGUUACAAAUCCAAUUCCAUAUCCCAGUUCAAAUAUAAUAACGAAAAUUACACUCGUUUGAUUUCUUUUGUUAUUUCUUUUAUAUAGAUGGAGAAGGAUUAGUUUGGCGUACAACACCAUUUCCAGAUAGAUAGAUGGAUGGAUAGAUAGAUAGAUAGAGAUAGUUAUAAUGAUUUAUCGUGCCUCGAUGGCGAAUUUUG